AGCGAGCUGAAGUGUUUUCUCAGCGGUUACCAGAUAGCGGUCAUGUGGUCCCACCCCUUCCCCCAGCCCUGCCUCGAGAUGUCAGAGGAAACCCGAAAAAAGAAAUUGGCUGCAGCCAAGAAAAAGUUGAGAGAAUACCAGCAGAAGAACUGCCCUGGUACUCUGGCAGCAGCAAAGAUGAAGAAAAAAAGUAAAACUGGGCGUACCCCUAAGGCAAUCACCUCUGGUGGUUGUCUCUCUGAGGAUGUGCCCAAAGACCACACUGUUCCUGUACCAGCAUGUGCUGAUGUCACCGUGUUACCUGAUGGUGUCACUUCCCCUGGAGCUAGCACGGAAUCUCCUCAGAGGAACCAUGAUGCUGACAAUGGUCCUGAUCUCAUGGACAAAAACCAGACUUUGUCAUGA